CAAUCACAGCGCGCCUUUGGCUCAGGCGUACCAAAUCCAAAAUGGCCGGUACGGAGAGAAAUCUAGGCACGAAGCCUGAGAAUCCACCGAACGAGUACGAAGUUGAAAGAAUUCAAGAAUUUACCAAGGACGAUGAUGGUGUGUCGUGGUAUUUUGUCAAAUGGCUGGGCUACCCAUCGAGUGAAAAUACGUGGGAGCCAUUAAGUAAUUUGGGCGGCUGCAGGAAAAUCAUCAGGAAAUUCCACAAGAGCGAGAAGCGGGAGAAGCUCAACCGCCAGGAGUUCAAACGCAAGCGAGAGCUCUCGGGCGAGUCCAUCCACUCCCUGCCUAACAAAAAACCCAAACAGCUGACCCUGGAACAAGCGAUUUCCCCCGUGGACCUGUCCAACCAACGCAGGAACGUGCACAGGGCGCUGAAGCGCUGGAAGGCCAAGCUGAACGAGGUGUGCACAGAGAAGGCCAUCAUUUUGGUGGAGAACGAUGUGGACCUGGAAGGCCCGCCCAAGGGCUUCACCUACAUCAAUGACUACAAGCCGGGUUGGGGGAUCGUUAUCCCCACUGACCCGUUAGUGGGCUGUGACUGUGAGGACUGUAGCAGCGAGUCGGGCUGCUGUGCCCAGAAGAGCGGUGCCCCCUUUGCCUACAACAAACUAGGCAGGAUCAAGGUACCCCCGGGCAAGCCCGUCUACGAGUGCAACAUACGGUGCAAGUGCGGCCCCAAGUGCCCUAACCGCGUGGUGCAGUACGGCCGACAGAAAGACGUGGCCAUCUUCCGGACGUCCAACGGAUGUGGCUGGGGAGUCAAGACGCUCACGACCAUCAAGAAAAAUGAGUUUGUCAUGGAGUAUGUUGGAGAGGUCAUAACCAAUGAGGAAGCCGAGAGACGAGGUCAGGUCUACGACGCCAACGGACGGACCUACCUGUUUGACUUGGACUACAACGAUGGCGACUGCCCCUUCACUGUUGAUGCCGGCCGAUAUGGCAAUGUCUCCCACUUUGUCAAUCAUUCGUGUGAUCCCAACCUAGUUGUGUACGGUGUCUGGGUCAACACUCUGGAUCCCAGGCUACCCAGGAUAGCUCUGUUUGCCAGCCGGGAGAUCAAGGCAGGAGAGGAGCUAAGCUUCGACUACCAGAUGACAGGUGAGCUCAACACCUCAGGGUCAGGCUCCAAGCUUCAACCCAUCCGAUGCAGAUGUGGCGCCAAAAAUUGCAGAGAUUUCCUGUUCUAAAAGAAUUUGGUUUUUAAACAAUU